AGCUGUGAAGGAUCUCAAUGGGCUAGUUAUAACUUGAACGGACUGGCUGACAUUAGUCCUGGACCGUCUGUGUGGAAAGGGAGCGUAGAAAGAGAAGGGGCGCAGCAAGACAGCACGUUGGAAAUGCACCUUCAAGUUACUAUUGCUGAAAAGAUCGGCGAAUUAUGAUAAGCUGAAAUUAAAUAAAACAUGGGAGCACGAGUGGACUCUGAUUAAAAUACAUCAGCCAUGCAGCAGGUACUGGACAACCUUAAAGACCUGCCAUCAGGCACAGGAGCUAAAGAUAUUGACCUCAUCUUCCUCAGAGGCAUCAUGGAGAGCCCCAUUGUCCGCUCCCUUGCAAAGGCCCACGAGCGUCUUGAGGAAGUUAAGUUAGAAGCUGUCCGGGAUGAUAACGUUCAGUUGGUGGCAGAAAUCUUGGAUUCCCUCAACAAGCUGGCAGAAAAAGAUGCUCCUGCUGCUGAGCUUGUCAGAAUCCUUCAGGAGCCUCAUUUCAAGUCUUUGAUAGAGGCUCAUGACAAAGUGGCUUCAAAGUGCUACGAAAUGCCCAACGCAACUGUUAACAGCAAUUCCACUUUGCCGAGUGCACUCAUGCCAGCUGAUGCUGUCAGGAUGAUUGGCAUUCAGAAGAAAGCUGGAGAACCACUGGGAGUGACGUUUCGUGUGGUGAAAGGUGAAAUGGUGAUAGCCCGGAUCCUGCACGGCAGCUCGAUCGACAGGCAGGGGAUGCUGCACACGGGGGAUGUCAUCUGUGAGGUGAAUGGUCGUGAGGUCGGCAGCAACCCUCAUGAACUCCAGGAGCUGCUAAGAGCAUGCAGUGGAAGCAUCACACUUAAGGUCCUGCCAAGCUACAAAGACACGCCUGCACCACCACAGGUUUAUCUGAAGCCACACUUCAACUACAACCCAGCCACAGACAACUUGAUCCCCUGUAAAGAGGCAGGCCUGGCCUUCACCAAAGGAGACAUACUUCAUGUAGUUAACAAGGAGGACCCCAACUGGUGGCAGGCAUGCAAAGUUGUUGGUGGAGCAACAGGCCUCAUACCAAGUCAGUUUUUGGAAGAGAAGAGGAAAGCUUUUGUGAGAAGAGACUGGGACACUGUUGGCACAGGAAUGCUCUGCGGAACUUUAACUACCAAGAAAAAAAAGAAAAAAAUGAUGUACCUCACUUCAAAGAAUGCAGAGUUUGACCGUUACGAACUACAGAUCUAUGAGGAAGUAGCCAGGAUGCCGCCGUUCCAGAGGAAAACGCUGGUUCUGAUUGGAUCCCAGGGAGUUGGGAGGCGGAGCCUAAAGAACAGACUCAUUGUCAUGAAUCCUCUGAGAUAUGGAACCACCGUCCCCUUUACAUCACGCCGUCCCAGAGAAGAAGAGAAAGAUGGCCAAAACUACUGUUUUGUGACACGGGAAGCAAUGGAGAAGGACAUAAAGGAAAGCAGAUAUCUGGAGCAUGGCGAGUACGAUGGCAACCUUUACGGUACCAAGAUCGACUCUAUUCACGAAGUGGUGGAUACAACACGUACAUGCAUCCUGGACGUCAACCCUCAGGCCCUUAAAGUGUUGAAGACUGCGGAGUUCAUGCCAUUUGUGGUGUUUAUUGCUGCUCCUGACCUGGACACACUAAGAGAGAUGCACAAAGCUGUGGUUGAUGCUGGCCUUACUACCAAACUACUUACAGAGAAUGAUUUAAAGAAGACCGUGGAUGAGAGUGCCAGGAUCCGCCGGGCAUACAGCCACUACUUUGACCUGACUAUUGUUAAUGACAAUCUGGAUAAGGCCUUUGACAAGCUGCAGGAUGCUGUCGAGCGAUUAUUUGUAGAACCACAGUGGGUUCCAAUCAGCUGGGUCUACUGAUGUUUUACCCUCUGCUGGACAGACACCACCGUUUGAGCUGCCAGGCCUGGGAUAAAAGAAGUUUUUUUCAUCCACAGAUAAAGUGUGGGGCAUCAAUCCUGUGUGAUUUGGGUCUCAAACAAACCUGCAUCAGUCACCUUAAUCUGAAUUGCCAGAUUUCUUACUAGCAAACUAUGCAACUCACAACACACAGGAAGUGUACUUAUUUAUUGGCAAAGACUUUUUUUUAAAGUAUAUUUUCUAUUCAAAUAGUUUGGGAAAGAAAGUACUGGUCCUUGUUACAUUAUUUUUAAACCAAAUAAAUUUUGCCAUGUUCGCUAUUGAUUUCACAUCUGUAUGUGAGAGAAAUUGUAUUUAUUCUGCAAGAACAGAGGGCUUUGUCAUUUUAUGAUACCUCAGUGUUAACAGUUUACAUUGUGUCCAGUGCUUCAUCUCAUGUUGUCACUACAAAGUCAGUUAUACACAGAAAUGUCACAUGUUUAAGAUCUUUUUGUCUCCUGAAGGUGAUUUUGUUCCCCUACAUGUUUUCAGCUCAGCCUCAUGGAUGGUAAAUGUUUUGCCAGUCACCAGAUGCUGCUGCACAGGGAAAACAGCAAUACUAGUGUUAACUCAGUAUUUUUUUUUUCAGUCAAGAAAAAAAAAUAUUAAUUUUGCUAAUUAUGUGUCAUACAUAUGAAAUAUGCAAGUGUUGGACAAUAAGUUAAUUUGGUGCUGUUUGUGUUAGAAAACUUUCCACAGAACUCAAACAGGGUACUGCAUCUCAGCGAACCAUCCCAUUUGAUGUGAUAUUACUAAAAUCUAACGGUUUUAAAUGAAGUUCAUAUUUACUUAAGAAAGGUUUAUUUUACAAGAUUUCAGAUAAGAUGUAUUUUCAGAUGUCAAAUAAAUAACUCGUGUUUUCUAAUUA